AUGGAUACUAAUAGUAACAUCAAUAAUAACAGUAAUAAUAAUAAUAGUAGUAAUAAUAAUAAUAAUAAUAAUAAUAAUAAUGUAACAACCAAUUAUUCAUCAUUUAUUAGUGUAAUGGGAAAUUUAUAUCUUAGAACAAAGAUUGUAUCAUUUGUUAAUCAGUUGCAUCGAAAGCAACUAAGAAGAAGUUUAAAGUGGAAAGAUCUUUGUUUAAACUCUCAUCAGUUGAUUCUAUAUGGUUACAAGGAUGCUGUCAUUAAACAAUUAGAAAAAGAACCAAUCAACAUGUACAUGGAUCAACAUACUCUAAGAUAUGCUUGUCAAUUUAACCACAUGGAUCUUAUUACUAGACUGUUACUCAUCAAUAACAAUAACAACAACAACAACAACAACAACAACAACAACAACAACAACAACGAUAAUAAUAAUAAGUAUCCUACAUUUAAAUUUACAGCAGUAGAAUAUCAUGUAGCAGCGAUCAAUGGUCACAUUAAAGUAUUAGAGCUUAUCGACAAAAUUGAGCCAGACCUAGAGAUCAAUGGAAACACGAUGGAUCUAGUUUGCAAGAAUGGACAUCUUGAUGUAGCACGAUACCUGCAAAACAUUUCAACCGAGAGGAACAAACAAUUAAAGACCACUACAAUGGCAAUGGACAGCUGCUCCGCUCAGGGAAAUAUACAACUAUUAGAGUUUCUUCAUAGUCAUCGAAGUGAAGGAUGCACGAAAUUAGCCAUCGACAUUGCCUCACUUAAUGGCUUUUUCAAUGUUGUCACCUUUCUAUAUAAUAACAGAUCUGAAGGUUUUACAUCUUAUGCCAUUGAAGCAGCUGCUGAAAAUAAUCAUCUUGAAAUUAUUAAAUAUCUUGUAGGAUUAAAUGAUCUUUAUCCAGUGACAAUUACUGCAUUGGAAAAAGCUGCGAGUAAUGGUAACUUGCCAAUUCUUAAACACCUCAUUCAAUUCUAUAAACCUUCUUUGGUCGAUCAAGCUUCAAUUCUAACAGGCGCCUGUUCUGCUGGCCAUCUCGAUGUAUGUCAGUAUCUUGUGGAACAAGUUGGCAUUAAAGUUACCAAAAAUGUUGUUGGAGCUGCCACUAAAUGCUCAUAUGAUGUGUUAAAGUUUAUUCUUGGUAAAUCAAAGGCAAUUGGAUGUACUAAAAAUAUUGGUGAUGGUGUAGCAUCCCAAGGAAGACUCGAUAUGCUUGAAUUACUUGAUCAAGAGAUCGACAGAUUAUCAUGUUCUGUUGCUGCCAUGUCACUCGCAGCUGAACAUGGACAUUUAGAUGUGGUCAUGUACCUUCAUGAACAUAGAACCGAAGGAUGCAAUAAGACUACACUUAAAAAGGUAGUUCAAAAUGGACAUUUUGAUGUUGCAAGAUUUCUGAUUCACCACCGCGAGGAAAAGUUUGAGUCUGCUCUAUCAACUGCCAUUCAAUACCGUUACUUUGAUAUGUUUUACUUCCUUUAUGAAACUCAAUUCCAGCUCGAACUUUUACAUCAUGAAGACAAUCCAUCCUCCUUCUCACCUGCUGCUGCCGCUGUACCACUCUCAAAUGACAGCGAGAAAUUGUUAGAUCUUGCCUGUGAAAGUGGUAAUCUAAAUUUGGUCCAAUAUAUUCACACCCAUUUUAAAUCAACAAUUUGUACAACCUCUGCAAUGGACCAAGCCUGUAAAUUUGGAUAUUUAAAUAUUGUACAAUUUCUACAUAAUAACCGACUUGAUGCAACUUGUACAAUUGAUGCCAUCAAUCAUUCAGUCUUUCAUCUUCCAAUUCUAAAGUUCCUCCACGAAAAGAGGGAAGAAUUUAAGAUUCCAAAUGUAGUCAAAUUCCUUGUUGUUUUCCGGUUUGAGCAUAUUGCCAACCAAAUUCAACAAUGUCUAACAAUGAUGUGUUUGACACCAGAGAUUAGAGAAGUUCUUGAACCAUUAUCAAACUCAGGAUACAGUAUGCAUAGUAGUAAUUCAAUCGAUAUUUCAACCUCUACUACUACUGCUGCUACUACUGCUACAGCUGCUGUUGUUGGAGAUCAUACAAAUAACUAUGUAGACGGAAAUAAUAACGACUAUAACUAUAGUUAUAACAACCAAUACGGUCAUCAACUUAAUAAUAAUACUACCCAUGUUGCAAUCGAUAAUAGAAACGUAAACUAUAAGAAUCCUUCCUAUAGAUUCAAUAAUAAUAAUAACUAUCAGCAUAUUAACAAUAAUAAUAAUAAUAAUAAUAAUAAUAAUAAUAAUAAUAAUAAUAAUAAUAAUAAUAAUAACAAAAUGGUAUACAACAAUGGAAACAUUCCAAACUAUUACAAUCAUAUGAUUUAUCAAAAUGCUGCCUAUGCUGCAAGCAACAACAACAACGGUCAUCAUUAUUCCAAUAAUAAUGGUCAAUUUUACCAAGAACAUCAUAAUAACAAUUUGGAUACAAAUGUCACUUCUACCCAACAUAUGGGAUCAUCGUCAUCAUCAUCAUCAUUAUUUAUUAGCUCUCCUUCCUCACCAACAAACAACAACAACAACUAUGGCCAAAUAUAUAAAGGAAAUUAUAAUUCAUAUCAAAAACCAAGGCCUCACUAUCAACAAAACCGUUUCAAUCAACCUCAACAACAACAACAACAACAACAACAACAACAAUUACUACAACCUCAACAACUACUACAACCCCAACAACAAAUUUACGAAGAAGGACCAAAUGGUACGGCCAUUACAAACAACCAAUCUUCUAUCAAUACUACUGGUAACAAUAUCGUUGAAGAAACGAUAGCAAUACCAGAGGUUAAAAAGAUUAUGAAACGAAAUCCUCUAAACUCUUCAAACAAUGGCUUGGGUACCAACUCAAAAUCAAAAAGAUCGUCAUCAAAACUAAGUCUAGAAGAAAAGGAAGCUGCCUAUCAAAAAGCACGUGAAAGAAUAUUUAGUAAAGAGGAUCACGAGGAACUUUUAAAUUUGGAAAUGCCAUCCCCACAUUAUAACCAGAAACAACAAAUCAAUCAAAAUAUCAAUUCUGUUGUUGAUGGUGCUAUUUCACCAACAAUGACAGACUCCUCUUCUUCUUCUUCUUCUCUUGUCAACCCUGAACAAAAGAAUACAAAAUCUAUAUUAAACCCAAACUCUCCGAAUUUUGUGAGCAAUCAAUUUAAAGCUCCAGCCCAUUCACUAAAAAAUAAUACCCUUAACAAUAAUAAUAAUAUGUAUCAAUAUCAAAAUGGAGAUAUUAAUAAUAAAUUUUCCAGCAAUGCUUAUUUACGGUAA